AUGUUAUUCGUGCCUGUGUCAAUUGCUUCAUUCUUCUACUCACCUAAACAUAUACAUUGCUUGAAGAAGAAACAAGUAUUACCAUUCAGUAUACAUACACAACACGGCUUUCUAACAAAAUAUACUAGACAAUCUUCAAUAUCUCCCAACAUUAAAUACAAUCAUUCGAAGAAAAUGGGUAAUUUUUUCAGUGAUCUGCUGGGUAUCGAAGCGGCUAGUGAUAACUUUUCCAAUGCUAUCGUAGCAGCGGAAGUAGAUGCAUCUAGACAGUUACGUUAUGUCUUGCUUAUGGCUCUCAAAUAUGUUAGGUCGUUCACGCCGAUCAUCGUUUUGACCAUGAUUUCUCUAAUUCUUCUCUUACUGGUCAGUAUUUUAUUCACAUUGAAUCGAUUAUUUAUUGAUCUCGAAGUGAAUCUCACGGUUCGUCGAUAUAUCACGUAUGGAAUAGCAAUUCUUCUAUAUGUCUGGUUUACCGGUGUUCAAAUUGUAGCAGCAGUUAAACAGAAGAGUGCGACUUCUAUUUUUAUUGUCAUAAUGGCUUGCCUAGGACUGACGGUUAUUAUAGCUAUUUCUAUCGGGUCCAUUCGUCGAUCGACCAAAAAUAAUCAAUGGAGCUCAGAUUCUGAAAAAGAACUGCUUCCGACUAAAGGCAGUACAGCGGAUUAUUCCCGAUCAAAAACAGAUUACACCAAGCUAUCAGAUGAGAAAAAUUGA